AUGCAGAACACCACCAAGUGCUUUAACUGUGGUGGAAAUGGUCACUUCUCUAGAGAGUGCCCGAGCAAGAACGUGGGGACGGGUUCAAGGCCGAACAACCAAGGAUUUCGUCUGCAAACGAGGGCACCACCGGCGGGACCAAGGAUAAAUCGUGAUCAACCCCCGCGACAACAACAACCUCACCGUCCGAGACUACCCUCCCAGGCUAGAGCAUAUGCGCUGAGUUAUAGACAACCCAAGACUGAACAAGGGAAUCACGAGAGUGGAAAUUUGGCAGGUAUGGGCGAACUCCUCGAUACACCUAUUGUUGUGUUGGUUGAUACGGGUGCAUCGCAUUAUUUCAUAUCAAAACUAUGUGUGGACACAUUAAGUUUGCCUGCUUAUAAAUCUGAACAUAAGAUGAUGGUGACCUCACCAGUGGGAGGGGUAGUAGAGAUUUCACGGACAUGCUCGAACGUAGAAAUUUCCAUGGGAGAACUUAGGCUAGUCGCGCACAACCUACGAGUUAUGGCCAUGAAGGAUGUCGAUGUGAUCUUAGGAAGGGAUUGGUUGGCUGCGAAUUUUGCGACGAUACGAUGUAAGGAGAGACAAAUAACAUUACAAGCCCCUAGAAAGGAACCAAUCGUGUAUCAUGGAACCACGAUGAAUAGAAAAAAUGUCUAUCAUCUCCGCACUGCAAGCCACUACGAUGUUAAGAAAAGGGCGCCCUGCCUAUCUGGUCUAUCUACAAGGAGAUGA